AUGGCCUCCCGCAUACCUUAUCGGGAGUCCCGCCGCAAGCUCGUUAUCGCCUUCGAUGUAGGCACCACUUUCAGCGGUGUCUCAUACAGCGUUUUAGAUCCAGGCCAAAUUCCAGAGAUCAAAGGUGUGACAAGAUUUCCUGCUCAGGAACAUGUGACUGGGUCGUCGAAAAUCCCAACCAUCAUCUACUACGAUCCGCGAGGUUCUGUGCGCGCGGUUGGAGCUGAAGCGAUCAAGGAUGGGGUUUUGGAGUUGGCAACAGAUAAUGGGUGGGUUAAAGCCGAAUGGUUUAAGCUCCACCUUCGGCCUAGGACACGAUCCACGGAACACAUAGCAGCGGAGAUACCACCACUUCCCUCGGGCAAAACUGUCGUUCAAGUUUUUGCUGACUACCUUCGCUACCUUUUCCAAUGUACAAGCUCGUAUAUCAGGGACACUCAUGCCAACGGGCACACUUUGUGGGCCUCCGUCGAAAAUCACAUUGAUUAUGUUCUUUCACACCCGAACGGUUGGGAAGGUCCACAGCAGAAUCAAAUGCGGGAGGCAGCAGUGCUCGCCGGACUGAUUCCGAGUACGCCGGAAGGACAUGCUCGAAUCUCCUUUGUUACGGAGGGAGAAGCUAGUUUACACUUCUCAAUAAACAACGGAUUCUCGUCAACUACAAUGAAUAACGGGGAUGGUGUACUUAUUGUUGAUGCUGGCGGCGGCACAAUCGAUAUCAGCGCGUAUGCAAGGCGGGGCUCCUCAUUUGCCGAAAUUGCUGCUCCCCAAUGUUACUUCCAUGGCUCUAUUUUUGUCACCAUAGAGGCCCGAAAGCUCCUUUCCGGACUUCUUUCGGACUCCCCAUUUAUAGAUGACCUGGAUCACAUCAUUCGAUGUUUCGAUAAAACUACUAAACACCGAUUUCGUGAUGUUGAGGAGACGCAGUUCAUCAAAUUUGGCUCAAUCCGCGAUAACGACGAGGAGUUUAAUAUUCGUUAUGGCCAGCUCAAGUUGACAGGACGGGACGUUGCGUCUUGUUUCGAGCCAUCCGUCAAAUGCGUUGUUGAUACUGUGAUUGAGCAGCAUCGAGUUGCGCGACAAAGAUUCUCCCACGUUAUCUUAGUGGGGGGUUUCGCCGCCAGUGAUUAUCUUCAUAACCGAUUGCGGGCAAUGCUGGAGCCCAGUGGCUUCCUUGUUAUCCGCCCCGAAAACCAUGUGAGCAAAGCUGUCGCCGAUGGGGCAAUAUCCUUUUACCUGGACCACUUUGUGCGAACGAGGGUAGCGAAAGUUACCUACGGGGCAUUUGCUAAUGCAUUAUACAAUCCCCACAAUCCCGAACAUCGGGAACGUGAGGCGGACACCUUUGUCUCAAUGGCAGGCGAAAAGCGCGUCCAGGGCUCUUUCACGGUUAUAUUACCCAAGAACACUCAAGUUUCCGAAACACAAGAAUUCCGGAGUUCUUUUACUCAACUAUACAAACUCAAGACUGAUUUCGCGUCAUUGACAUCCACCGUGUGGUGUUACCGAGGCGUCAUAGCUGAACCGAGAUGGCGAGAUACCGACACCCGGAUGUAUUCGAAGGUCUGCACGAUCGAGUUAGAUCUGUCCCAUUUUUCCCGUAACACAAAAGAGAUCAAACGUCAUGGGGCCCAAGGGAAGUUUUACAGGCUUGAUUACGACAUAGUUUUACUAUUCGGAUUGACGGAGUUGAAGGCCCAGCUGGCUUGGAUGGAAAAGGGAGUUGAGAAAAAAAGCCCGGCAAAGAUUGUUUAUGACCCUGACUCAACACGAGAAGAUUGA